AUGAAGUUAUCUCUCUCUAUCUUUCUCUUGGCUGCUGCUGCUCUCCAAGUCCAAGCUGCUGCAAACCCCGUUCAUGCUGCCGCUGCUAAGUGUAUCAGUGGCUCUGCCGGUAAAGGCAAUGGUGAUGGCUACAAGGGUUACUGCUGCAAGAACAGCGAUGAUUGCUUCGAAAGCUGUGUAAGCGGUGUCUGUAAUGGUCCUACCAAACCUACCAAGACUACUACUAGCAGUGCUCCUGCUCCCAGCUGUACUGCCGGAUCUAAGGGCCUUGGCAACGGUGAUGGUUACAAGGGAUACUGCUGUGAAAAUAGCGAUGACUGUAUCAACAGCUGUGUAAGCGGUAUCUGUAAUGGUCCUACCAAGCCUACCCAGUCUUCUAGCACCAAGACUUCUACUAGCCCUGCUCCUACUGGCACCUGUGCUGCUGGCUCCAAGGGUAAAGGUAAAGGUGAUGGCUACAAUGGCUUCUGCUGCAGCAAUAGCGAUGACUGCGUCGACACCUGUGUAAAGGGUGUUUGCAAUGGCCCUACCAAGCCUGGUUCUUCUACUACUACUACUGCCACUUCUACUUCCACUUCUGGCCCUAAGCCCACUUGUGCUGCCGGUUCUUAUGGCCUUGGUAAUGGCGAUGGUUACAAGGGCGACUGCUGCAAGAACAACGAUGAUUGUGUCAACAGCUGUGUCAAUGGUGUUUGCAAUGGCCCUUCAAACCCUACUCCUACCCCUGGCAAGUGCAUUCCCGGUUAUGAAGGUUUGGACAAUGGUAAGGGACCAUUCAACGCUUGCUGUGCUAGCAACGAUGACUGUAUCGAAGCCUGUGUUCGUGGUCGCUGCACCAAGCCUUAA